GUUGUGACUCUUCUUGGUCGGUUAGUUUUCGAUUUUUCCUUCUUCUGGGUUUUCAUUCGUUUUCGAUUCGUAUUUUGCUUCCAUCUCAUUCUCUGAGAUAUUCGUUAAUCAAUGAGAGCGUUUUUUUUUUUUUUACUUUUCCUGGGAAAUUGAGUGAGACUUUCAUUAAAAGCUCUCCCGUAAAAUGGAUACUCUACUCUCAGAUCUACUACUACUUCUAUUUAAUUUCAUAAAUAUCCAAUCUUUGACUGUGUACCCAAAAAAAAACAAAACUUGUCGGUGGCCAUUUUAUAACACUUAUGUUACUUACUUGGUUUACACUUAACUUGGUUUCUGACCCAAUAAACACGGAUCUGAAUCUUCCAAAAACUCUUUCUGGGAGAGAGCAUUCUAUUAACAAGACUCUGAAGAGCUCUUUUGGUUGUUUGGUUUGGGAGGAAAUUACGGUUGGAUGAUGAGAGGGAGAUCUGAUGGAGGCCUAAAGAAGCGGCUUAUUGCUUCUGUUUGUGUCGUGGCUUUAUUCGUCUGUUUCUUGUUUAUGUACUAUGGUUCCUCUAGCCAAGGUGCAUCAGCAUUGGAAUAUGGAAGAUCUUUGAGAAAACUCGGAUCUUCUUAUUUGGGUGGAGAUGAUGAUAAUGGUGAUACCAAACAGGAGGAUUCUGUCACCAAUGCAGAAGACAGUCUUGUUGUCGCCAAAAGUUUUCCUGUUUGUGAUGAUCGGUACUCGGAAAUCAUCCCUUGCUUAGACAGGAAUUUCAUCUACCAAAUGAGGUUGAAGCUUGAUCUAUCUCUAAUGGAACAUUAUGAACGGCAUUGCCCUCCUCCCGAAAGACGGUUUAAUUGUUUGAUUCCUCCACCAUCUGGCUACAAGGUUCCUAUUAAGUGGCCUAAGAGUAGAGAUGAAGUGUGGAAAGCCAACAUACCUCACACUCACCUUGCAAAAGAGAAGUCUGAUCAGAAUUGGAUGGUUGAGAAAGGCGAGAAAAUUUCUUUCCCCGGUGGAGGCACUCAUUUCCAUUACGGUGCUGAUAAAUACAUUGCAUCAAUCGCAAAUAUGCUUAAUUUUUCGAACGAUGUACUGAAUGACGAAGGGAGAUUAAGAACGGUUCUUGAUGUCGGAUGCGGAGUUGCAAGUUUUGGAGCUUACCUUCUCGCAUCUGAUAUAAUCACAAUGUCAUUAGCCCCUAAUGAUGUUCACCAGAACCAAAUCCAAUUUGCAUUAGAAAGAGGAAUCCCUGCUUAUCUUGGUGUUUUAGGUACCAAAAGGCUUCCUUACCCGAGCAGAUCAUUCGAGCUAGCUCAUUGUUCUCGAUGUAGGAUCGAUUGGCUUCAAAGAGAUGGACUCCUUCUUCUUGAGCUCGACCGGGUACUAAGACCGGGUGGUUAUUUCGCUUAUUCGUCUCCUGAGGCUUACGCGCAAGAUGAAGAAAAUUUGAAAAUCUGGAAAGAGAUGAGUGCUCUUGUUGAAAGAAUGUGUUGGAGAAUCGCUGUUAAAAGAAACCAAACUGUGGUUUGGCAGAAACCGUUGAGUAAUGACUGUUACUUGGAGAGAGAGCCCGGGACACAGCCUCCUCUCUGUCGCUCAGAUGCUGAUCCUGAUGCGGUUGCAGGUGUGGCAAUGGAAGCUUGCAUCACUCCUUACUCCAAGCAUGACCAUAAAACCAAGGGAAGUGGGUUAGCUCCUUGGCCAGCUAGGUUGACUUCUUCUCCUCCCCGUCUUGCGGAUUUCGGUUAUUCAACCGACAUUUUUGAGAAGGACACGGAACUUUGGAAACAACAAGUGGACAGUUACUGGAAUUUGAUGUCAUCAAAAGUCAAAUCAAACACUGUGAGGAACAUAAUGGACAUGAAAGCUCACAUAGGUUCUUUCGCGGCUGCUCUUAAAGACAAAGAUGUCUGGGUGAUGAACGUUGUCUCUCCCGACGGUCCCAACACUCUAAAACUGAUCUAUGACCGCGGUUUAAUCGGGACAAAUCAUAACUGGUGCGAGGCUUUCUCUACAUAUCCGCGAACAUACGAUCUGUUGCACGCAUGGUCAAUAUUUACAGACAUUAAAAGCAAAGGAUGCAGCGCAGAGGAUCUCUUAAUCGAGAUGGAUCGGAUUCUUAGACCUACAGGAUUCGUUAUCAUCAGAGAUAAGCAAAGUGUAGUUGAAUCAAUCAAGAAGUAUUUGCAGGCUUUGCAUUGGGAGACUGUGGCAUCAGAGAAGGUAAAUACAGGUUCAGAACUCGACCAAGACAGUGAAGAUGGUGAGAACAAUGUGGUUUUCAUUGUCCAGAAGAAACUGUGGCUCACCAGUGAAAGCCUUAGGGACACUGAGUAAAACAUAUGAAAAGCAGAAGAAAAAACAAAGAGAAAGAAAUUGAUUUAUCCCACAAGUUUAUUAUAUAGUUUUACUUUGAUUUUUGUAGUUUGAUUUGUACGACAUAAGCAUGAUUAUAUAAAAUACUAAAAUUAUACAUUGUUUCUUACUUUCUUGAAACAUUCUUUAAUUUU